CACCGUGUGCAGAGGAACUAAGAGAAAAAAACUUUUCAGCCGUAGACUCAGUGGCACAGCUUGGCAAACGGAUAACAGCAUGGUGCACGAUCGAGGUGGGAAUGCAAAAGCUAAAAAUAAGAAGAAGAACGGCGAAGUUCGAAGAUCCAGGUUAAGUAUGUUCGAUUCAGUAAGAUCGUCGUCGAGCGCUGUUCUGUCGCAGAGUUCUUCAGGUGGAGAUGACACAGAAUUUGAUGUCGACGAAGAACUACCCGACGAUGAAGAAAUCGAAAGAAGAUUUUCGACAUUAUUGGAAAAGAUGACAUUACCUCCAGAAAGAGCUGCGGAGCUCGCUAAAAGUCCGAAGGCUCACAAAUGGAAAAUGAUCAAAGCAAAGGAAUUGAUGCAGCCCAAGUAUACUUCAGGAUUUUAUAUUGAUCAGUUAAAAUCCCACAGGGAUAUAGCACUCAAUAAAACACUGAACAAGAAACUCCUGAAGGGUUUGGAGCCUGUAGAAAUGGUGCUAAGAUCCCUGGAAGUGGACCUCCGCACCCAUCCAAACACAACAUGGCUGCGUGAAUUUAUCGAUGAUCCAUUCAGGGGUCACAUUGCAUUGAUUGAAUUCCUCCAGUACCUUCACUUAAAUCAACCACCAGCAGAAGAUGAAGAUUUACCAAAGAGGAAGGGAAAACCAGAUGUUUUGGCUAGAGACUAUAUCGAUGAACAUCUCUGUCUGAUGUGUAUGAGAGUUUUGAUGAGAAACAAGUAUGGCUUUCAGUCAGUGAUGAGUGUGGAUGAUUGCCUAAAAUCUAUCAUCCUCUGUUUAAAUAUAAAAAGUUUAAAAACCCAGGCACUGGUUGUGAAGAUGUUAACACAAGCUUGUAUGCAGUCAGAAUACUAUGAAAAAGUUAUUGAUGCAAUCAGGUUUUAUGCAAGAACAACGCGAGAGACGCGCACAUUUGAAACACUGGUGAACUUGAUUUACAAGAGGCCCAUAACACCACAGUUCCAGACACUCUGCCUGAAUUUUUUCAACUCGUUGAUCAGUAUCUCGCCAACAUUCAACAAGAAAGUUUGUCACCAACAAGAAAUCGAAGAUGCAGGAUUUGAUGUGGAGCGUUUGGAAAGGGGAUUGGAAGGUAUGGAUGCUUCAUCUGUAAGAGAAGCGAUUAAAACGUGGCAGGACAACUACAUUCACGUACAAGCUGUCAUGGACGAGUUUGUGACUCUCAGAGAGCGUACUAAGUACCUAAGAGACGAGGUCGAUCUUUUGCAAACUAAACUUGAGGAAUUUCAAAGGGAAAACAGUGAACUGAAAACACGAAACACAGAGCUCGAUAUGCGAUCUGAAGAAUACAGACUGCGAGCUACAGAACUACAAACGACCCUGGAGAACGUUGUGAAACAAGUCAAGCAAGAGGCUGACCAAGUUGAAUUGCCGAAUGAACUCGUUACCAGUGUAACCGAGGCAGCUGCAGCAGUGGCCCCACCUAUUAGCCCUCCACCACCGCCACCACCCCCUCCCCCACCAGUUCCGAAUGGAAUGCUGGUGCCUCCCCCACCCCCUCCCCCUGAUAUAGACGGGACUCCAUCCUUGAGACGACGUGUAGCUACUAACAAAGUUCGUCUCCCGAUGCUGAAUUGGACGCCAAUAUCAUCUCAGUCGGAUGCAACAGCAUUCUUUAAGGGAAUUAGCGAUGAGGAAGUAAUGGAAGUUCUUGACUUUGCCGAUUUUGACCGAAAAUUUGAACUGAAAAUUAAUGAAGCCUCUGAGGAUCUCAUCGCCAAAAAGGAACAAGCUUUGAAACGAGCCGCAGAACAGAUCACAGUUAUCGAACCUAAAAGGGCAAGAAACCUUGUUAUCGCACGGCGCCGUAUACAGCACUCUACAGAAACAAUUGGUCAUCUGAUCGACCAAUGUGACUUGGUUGAACUGCCACCUGAACAUGCUGAGUUACUCCUCAAGUUUGUACCAACUAAAGCAGAGUUGGCAGGACUGGCUAAGCACGCGCAUGAGUACUUCAAGCUGGCUGAAGCUGAACAAUUUCUGUUUGAGAUUGCCAAAGUGGAAAGAUACGAAGCUAAGCUGAGUGUCAUGGCGUUUAUUGGUGUGUUUGACGAACUUAUGAGAACUGUUGUACCGCAAGUGGACGCAGUUUUGAGAGCGGCGACGUCUAUAGUCAACAGUGCGAAACUCAAAAAGUUAUUUAAGAUUAUACUUAUAUACGGCAACUACAUGAACAGUAGCCGAAGAGGACUGGCUUAUGGCUUUAAACUGGAAUCUUUGAGCAAGCUGGAAGACACUCGUACUACAGACAGAAGGCAGACAUUCCUCGCUUACAUAGUGGAUGUAGUGCACAAGAAGUUCCCGGGAAUAAAAGAUUUCGCCGAAGAAUUGUUUCUGGACGGAGCAACCACAGUCUCCAUGCAGACCCUCGCUGCAGACGUGCAGGGAUUGCGAAAAGGCCUGGAUCUGACAAAGUCAGAGAGAGACAAACAACCAGAUAAUUUCAUUAUAUUCACAUUCUACAAUGCGGCUUUCAGGAAAGUCCAGCGCGUUACUGAACGCUAUCGUAAGGUGGAAGAGGUUUAUGCGCAGGUAUGCACGCUAUUUGGAGAAAAUCCUCGAGUGGUAGAACCUUCGGACUUCUUCAAGACCUUCAUUGAUUUCAUUGCGAACUUCAAGAAAGCUGUGAGGGACUUGGAAGAACUAAAGCGACAAGAGGAUGCAGAGGUCAAGUUGAGGCGCAUGCUCAGUGAAGAGGACUCAGCUAAGGCGCGUCUCAGGGUUGCGAAUGCAGCUGCUAGUGAAGGUCAGCGGAGAUCUUUUUACAACCAAAACAACCGGUUUUUGUUGACGUGAGACAAGCUAAAGCAGGAGAAAGCAACGGAAAGGAGAUUAUCAAGACAGAGACGCGUUGAUGUGAUUUUGUACAGUCAUUUUCGUCGUUGAAGAAAACUAUGACUGCGAUUAAAAUUGUUAUGAUAAUUUAUAUCUUUUGAAUAAUUUAUACAUUAAAAAUAAUCUAUCGGGAGAAAAUAUUUUGGUAAAGCUAUAAGCGUUAUUUUUAAUGCUGUUUAAACAUUUUUUCUUUCAACUUUUAUAAUUUGAUAUUUUUAAAUGCAAGAAGUUACAGUAUUUAUAAUUUCUAUAGUCGUCAAACAAAUGCCCUAGCGUAUUACUUCGGUGGAUGUUGCUGUUACGUAAUCCUGCCUUCUUUAGAAUUAACUCACAGACAGUCUUUGAUAAAACGGUCGCUUUUUCUAAGGGCUAUUUUGACCAUUUUGUUAUAGUUCGUGUGUAGGACUCGCCAGUUAAACUUGGUUUUCACUAGCAACGGAAACACGAGCGUAACCACAAACGUAACGAUGUCAGCUCUUCUUUCAACGUGAAAACAGCCGCGACGCAAGCACAAGGACCACAAUUUUUUUUUGUCUCGCGCUCAUGGUUGCGUCGAGGCCGUUUUCACGGUGAAAUAAUACGUGUUAUUCUUGCGUUUGUCGUUAGUGAAAACUAAGCUUAGGAUAACAUUGUUCACUGUUUGUAUUCACAAGAUGUAACUUUUUUUAAUCAAAUACCAGAACGAGUUAUCCUCGGGUUUGUAUUCGAAUAAUCCCUUUUGUAGAUAUUUUAAAAAAACAUCCUUUGAGGAAGUUUACACAUUCGGUUUUUUCUUAUAAAGAAGUAAUUUAAUCAUGAACGGUCUUCCCUUUCAUCGGAAGCAUUCGGCUUACAUAAAAUAACCGCAUUGUAAAUAAAGGGAAUUGGUAUGGAAAUUCCUGACUUUGAAUUAAAGUUAAAAGUAUCUCGUA